AUGCCUAAGGAACACCUAAGCAAUGACGAAUUCUUCGUCCAACUCACAUCGCUCAUCGAGAAGACACAACAGAAAGGCCACGGCUCAGUCUUCCUGACACAGAAGAGAUUAACAUUCAACACAUCGGUGUCAAGUCCACCACUAGGCCAGAAAGUCGCAGAUGACCCGCUAUGGGACCUGAAUCCUCCGAACCCACUGCCAAUCAUCAUCCGGGCGACUGAUGGCAAGUCGCGAUCGGAAGAGCGCAUCAAGAACAAGAACAAAGUCAAGCUCUCGACCAUAGUGCAGCCCGACGAUCUCGACAUAUUCUUCACCAGAUAUGCUGAGGUAUGCAAGGCUGGCAUGCAGAGCCUGAAGAAGAGAGAUAGGAAGAAGGCCAAGAGUAAAAAGAAGGGUAAAAAAGCUGCAACAGAGGAGAAGAAAUGAGAUGAUUCAAUGGGUAUGGAGCAAAAAGCCUUUGGCGAUCAAUGAGCAUGAAAAAGCAUCCGAUAUCACAACGAGACCCAGCCGCAGAAGACGUGGGGAGAGCAGGUUUAGGCCGGACCACGGGACACAUGGCCGAUGGCGUAGAAAGGUGUCUCUGGAAUUGCACAGGCUUGACAUCGAU